AUGCCUGCAACUUUUCGCUUUUGGACUUGUUAUGUUGCAGCGUGUUCCGCUGCCGCAGCAAUCGACGUCGGUCUCUGUGAACGCUGUCAGCGGCAUUUUUGCGCUGACCACGCUAUAUCCCCAACGCAUGGCUGCAAGCCCCUUGAUGACAAUGCCUGGACGGCUGCGCGAGUCCAAGAACUGAAGGCGCUUCGAGGCAUGAUCAAUGUCAAGAAUCUCCUGCGUCGAGCCUCGGAGCGCAAUGGUGACCUUCCAUGUGAGCUAGAUACUUCAGACCAUCUUGGCGAAAAGCGGAUGGGUGGAAUGCAUGUCCAUCUCCGAAUUAUCUUCUCGAAUGGUACGACUUGGCUCGCGCGCGUACUCCGACAAAACUACACUUCUUUCUCAGACGACUUUGGCAACCUCUGCUUAGAGAGUGAAUGUGCGACUUUGAAGUGGCUCGAGAGCAUGAAAGUACCUGCACCUCAACUUCAUGACUACGGUCUGCGCAAUGACCCUAGCAAUGAGGUUGGCGUUGCGUACAUGCUUAUAGACGAACUUCCCGGAACCCCUUUACUUUAUUUGAAGCCAUCAGAAGACCAACUACGCAAAGUGUACAAGAGGUAUGCCGAGAUCCUGUGCGUGAUCCACGAGCACCCCUUUGAGCAAAUUGGGUGUCUAUCCUUUCAGUCAGAUGGCAACAUCGGGAUCGGUCCCAUUGUGGGUGAUCGGACAGGGACAUUUUCGCAGAUGGGCCCUUUUCGCUGUGCACGAGAAUACUAUGCGACAUGGGCGGAGAAAUACCUCGACAUAAUCUACGACAGGCAGCUUUUCACCCCAUACUCCGUCAAUGCCUACCUUAUCUUCAAAUACCUCAAAGAAUUGGCAGAACGAGGCCGAUGGAACGCGUUUGAACUCAGUAUUGACGAUGGUCCAUUCUUUUUGAAACAUAUGGAUGACAAGGGUGACCAUAUUCUCGUGGACGAGGAGUACAACAUUACCGGUCUUAUCGACUGGACGUUUGCCAGGGUGGUGCCUUUUUAUGAGGCAUUUGGGCCUUCCCUCUUGACAGCAGAAAUGAGUGACAUCUACCAAGGUAGAGCUGGGCAAUCCCGAAAUGACAAGCUCAUGAUUGAGUCUAUACAGACUAAGAGCAACUCUUUAGCACGAUUCGCGGAUGGCCCUGACCUAGUCCGUCGUUUCUCCUUUGGUCUUGGAAUGGGCAUGAAUAUGUCGUGGAGCGAAGCAAAUGCCUUAUUCAGAGGUAUCCUUUCCACGGCAACCGGAAUCGACUUGGAAAUUGACUGGGAAGUCUGGCGUCAGAGUCGCCUUUUUCAAUGGGCCAAUGACGCGAGGCUGCAAGCCCUUCUGAUCAAUACAGGUGAACGGCAGGAUGACAGCACGACGAAGAGAAUAUUUGAAAAUACCCAACCUCCUCGACAUGCGACCUGUUCGAUAGGCUACUGCACUAGACCCGGCGUUCGUCAACGUAGCUGUGUAAGAUGCCAAAGACACCUCUGUUCCAAGCAUCAGUCAAAGGAAUUCCACAAAUGCCCAUCUGUCUCCGAGUCGAUCAAUGAUGAAGUAUCGGAGUUGCUAUCCAAUAUCAACACCUUGGAGCUUGUCAAAAUCGGGACUCAACUCCAAAAUGGACUCAAGUGCAGAUUCGAGCUUGAAGGUAGGGCGAUGAUGGGGUGUGCCAACUAUCACGCGUGGCUUGUUUUUGACAAUGGCGACAAGUGGAUCGUCCGAGUCCCCCGAACAGGCUUUACCGACGUCCCAUCCGAACUAGUGGAGUACCUUGUUGCUAGUGAAUACGCAACGCUCAAGUUUCUCGAGCCGACAAAGAUUCCAGCUCCCAAGCCAUAUGGCUAUGGACUCGCAUCCGAUCCCUCGAACCGUGUCGGCGUUAGCUACAUACUGAUGCAAGCCAUGCCUGGGAAACCGUACUACGCGUCCCAAGUUUCAUACUCGCAGAAGCAACGGGUCAUCGAACAACUGGCCGAUAUUAUGAUCGAGAUUUACAAACAUCCAGUGCCGCUAGUAGGUUCACUGGUUAUGGAAGGCGAACGCACAAAGCUGUCAUCCGUAGCUAGCAACCGCUUCGUUGUAUUGGGUACCUAUGGUCCUUUCGAAACACCUUUGGACUAUAUCAUCAGCAUCACGGAGCAAUAUUUAGACCUCAUCGCCGAUGGACAGGUUCAUCAUAAGUAUCCAUUGGAAGCGUUCCUUUACUAUCGAUUUCUUCGCAAGAAUGCCACCAAAAUAGCGUCCUCGGAUGCUGUCGGCAAUUUCUUUCUGAAACAUGUCGACGACAAAGGUGAUCACCUUCUCGUCGAUGAGAAUCUCAAUAUCACCGGCAUUAUCGAUUGGCAGUUUGCCCGCACUGUCCCUGCAGCGGAGGCUUUUGGCCCCUCCUACGUGACCGCGGACCUCGGUGCUCUCUAUUCCAGCAACACUGGUGUGACAGACGAUGAUCGACUUCUUGCAACCGCCCUGAGAAAUCGAGGUGCCAACGAGCUCGCCUCAUAUGCAGCUGAUAAUGAGCUUAUGCGACGAUUCCACCACGGUCUUGCUAGUGGCUUGAGCAAGAACGAAGCCCGUAGUAUGUUGAAGGGUAUGGUGGAAAUCAUUCGAAGUCAGCCCGUGGAUAAUAUCGAUGCAUGGAUUACCGAACAGUGGGAUGAUUGCCGCAGUGACCCUCGCUUCAGGAACAUUCAGGCGCUGCUUUCCGAACAGAAUGACUACACGCAGAUGAAUUGA